AUGCGCCUCUACCAGCUCUUUGACUUUCUCGAUGACUACGAGCGGGCGCUCAAUGUGGACAUGCUGAGGCUCAAAAAGAACGCGGGCUUGCCUAACUGCUCGUAUAUUAGGCUGAGGCCGCCGUAUCGCACUCGGCGAGCCAGGGUCGUUGCAGUGGCGCAGCCGGAACCGCCAUCUACCCGAGCCUGCUGCAGGUUUCACGCCGCUUAUCAAGGUUGUCUUGGGUGCGGCGUUUUUUUCUGCAGCCCGCUUCUCUCACGCAGUGGCAGCGACGGCGAAAGGACGAACGCUGAACUACUCUCUGGAGGCUUUGCAGGCUUGCCAUCAUGCCGGACACCACGUACCGCAUGUGCGGAUUCGCGAGCGGCCUCGACUGGCGGCCUCGACUGGCGGCCCGUCAACUUCAAGCAGCGCCUGCAAACCACCAGGGUCUGCCGGCUUUGCGGGGUCGUGCCGCAAAGCAUAGCCGUGCUGCCUUGUACGCACUUCCUGUGCGACUCCUGCCUGGACGGAUGCGCCAGUGGAGAUCGCCACGCCUGCCCACUGGACAAGAUCUCGUUCGAGGCCGAGUCGGACGUCUCUUGGAUAACGUUUCACCAGAAGCACAUGGAAAAGCUGCAGGUAAGCUGCUGGAACGGCCACAACGGGUGCAACUUCGUAGGCCCAGCCGGGGAGCUGCUGGAGCAUUUCGAGAAGCACUGUUCCUUCCAUGCCACCACGUGCCCAGGCUGCCGGGACACAGUGCUGCGUAAGGACCUGCCGAGGCACUAUGCAGCUGGAUGCAGCGGCGUCGCUUCACUGCAAUCGGGUGUAGCCGGGAGCAUCUCCUCACUCGACAUGGCCCAACCCAAUGCUAAAGACUCCGGAGUGCGUGAAGUGGCGGCCGACUGCUCUUGCCACGACAUGCUGACGUCCAUUCAGGGCCGAGUCAACGACCUCGCCGAGACCCUGGCGAAACUCGGCUCCCGACAACUUCAAGAGGAAGCGAUUCACACGGAACCGAGCACUAGCCGGGGUGCAAUGAGACGACCAGCCGGGGCCUCUGUGCACGAUCUGACGCCGUUGGGGGGAACCGCGGAUAUCCGGGAUCUCGUGUCAGCGCUGAACGAAAUGAAGGUCGUCGUGACUCAGGAAUUCCGGAAGAUGGAACGAAGAGUGCGGACGGAGGACGUCCAGGGUGGCACGUCGUCGACGCAGCGCUCGUGUUCUCACGGGGCGGUCACCAGCCGACCAGCAGAGAGUCUACUGCCUACCCGGUCUGGACUCCUCCAAAUGGCGGGCAGUUCUGGUGGACACCAUGACGUCCAGAGCAGUGAGACUUCUGAAGAACUCUUUGUGUUCAGUGUGCAGUACAAGCCGUGGUUGACGGCGGAGAAGGGCAAGGGGCUGAAGAUCGUCUGGCACCAGAUUUUCUCCGGCGGCGAAGAUACCGGCGUGUGCGUCAGGUGCGUGGUGCAGAGGAACGCGGGCUUCGUCGCCGUCUACGCCAUGUCUACGAUGCCUGCGAGGUGGAAACUGCCAGUCGUGCGGCCCUUGCGCGAAGAAGAUUUGAGUUCGCCGCACUUGAGGGAGUGGAUCGUUGAAAAAGCGAAGGAGCCGAGUCGCGAGUUCCUGCCCGUGUCGGCCUACGCUCCGGACUUGCGCUUGCGGUGUCUGCUGGAGGCGUCCACCCUGGCGGGCAAGACGAACGCGGAGGGUGAAAUUCGAGUGGAUUUUCUCGUGAAACUGGAACGGCAUUUCGCCGCGACGUGAGAGAGUGCGGAACGCUCAGCGUUCUUCAACAAACGUUUCGUGCUCGUGGGCAGCACUUCUUCCAGUGGGUCGGUACUUUAUCAUUGUGGCAAAGAAAAUUUAGUGUUACAUUGAAUGUUACAGUGCUGUGGCAAGAAACUGGUACAGUGCUUGACAUGAACACAAGAACGUUGCAGAAUGUUAAAGAAACAUCCCGGACCGGGACGAAUUUUUUGUUCAA